AUGAACGCUCUCAAGCUGCAGAAGCGGUUUCCGCAGCUGGACCAGGGCGAGAUUUUCGCUCUCCAGGAUGCAUUCCUGAAACUUGAUGUGGAUGAUCGUGGCUACCUCGAUGAAGCGUCCGUGAUCAAAGCGACUCAACAGUCAGAGCGACAGCCGUAUGAUGUCGUACGGCAGACUUUGAAGGGUGUGGACCUCGACAGCUCCCGGCGUGUCGAGCUCGAGGACUAUAUCGAUCUGGUGUCGCGACUUCGGUCAGGACCUGCUCCCGGUGCCCAGGGUGGCUCCAGCCCCGCGGCUGUGAUCCAAGGAGCCCAGGCUGGAGCCGGAGCCGGCGCUGGCGGAUCUCGGCAUGUAUCCAAGGGUAGCGUUGGAGGCAAGAUUCACGUCCAAGGAUCAUCCGCGAAUGUUACGCACACGAUUAACGAAGAUGAGCGAACCGAAUUCACGAGACAUAUCAAUGCCGUUCUGGCCGGCGAUCCGGACAUUGGAAACCUCUUGCCCUUCCCCACCGACACGUUCGAGAUGUUCGACAAGUGCAAGGACGGUCUGGUCCUCGCCAAGUUGAUCAACGAUAGUGUGCCGGAUACUAUCGAUGAACGUGUUCUCAACAAAGCCGGGAAGAAGAUUAAACAGUUGAAUGCUUUCCACAUGACCGAAAAUAAUAACAUCGUCAUUAACUCGGCCAAGGGCAUUGGCUGCUCCGUCGUCAACAUUGGAAGUGGUGACAUUAUCGAGGUUCGCGAGCACCUCAUCUUAGGCCUGAUCUGGCAGAUCAUUCGUCGUGGUCUGCUGGGCAAGAUUGAUAUCAAGCUGCAUCCCGAGCUUUAUCGACUCUUGGAAGAAGACGAGACUCUGGAGCAGUUCCUGCGCUUGCCCCCGGAGCAAAUUCUGCUACGUUGGUUCAACUACCACCUCAAAAACGCGAAAUGGGAUAAACGGGUGACCAACUUCUCCACGGAUGUGAAGGAUGGUGAAAACUACACGGUCCUUUUGAACCAGCUGGCACCUGAUGUCUGCUCCCGUGGACCUCUCCAGACUACAGACUUGCUCCAGCGCGCAGAGGAGGUUCUCACCAACGCAGAGAAGCUGGACUGCCGCAAAUUUUUGACCCCUACCUCCCUGGUCGCUGGAAACCCGAAGCUCAAUCUUGCCUUUGUUGCCAAUUUGUUCAAUACUCACCCCGGACUUGAUCCUAUCACCGAAGAGGAGAAACUCGAGGUUGAGGACUUUGACGCCGAAGGUGAGCGCGAGGCAAGAGUCUUCACUCUCUGGCUCAACUCGUUGGAUGUGCAGCCUGCGGUCAACUCGCUGUUUGACGACCUGCGUGAUGGAAACAUUUUGUUACAGGCCUACGAUAAGGUCAUUCCGGGCAGCGUCAACUGGAGACACGUCAACAAACGUCCGGCUUCGGGUGCCGAGCUGAUGCGAUUCAAGGCGGUGGAAAACACAAAUUAUUCCAUCGAGCUUGGAAAGCACCACGGAUUUUCUCUGGUUGGAGUGCAGGGUGCCGAUAUCACGGACGGUCAGCGGACCCUGACCCUCGGUUUGGUGUGGCAAUUGAUGCGCCGGGAUAUCACCAGAACCUUGUCUGCUCUCGCUCAGCGACUGGGUAAGCGCGAGAUCACUGAUGCGGAGAUGAUUCGAUGGGCGAAUGACAUGUCCAAGAGUGGCGGUCAGUCCUCUACAAUCCGGAGCUUCAAGGACCCAUCCAUUGGAACUGGCCUGUUCCUCCUGGAUGUGCUCAACGGCAUGAAGAGCAGCUACGUAGACUACGAUUUGGUCACCCCUGGCCGCUCAGACGAGGAGGCAUAUGCCAACGCCAAGCUGAGCAUCAGUAUUGCCAGAAAGAUGGGUGCCACUAUCUGGCUGGUACCCGAGGAUAUCUGCCAAGUGCGCUCUCGCCUGGUCACCACCUUCAUCGGCUCCCUCAUGGCCACGCACGAGAAGAUGUGA